AUGGAAAUAUCUCUUGAAGAUCGUAUAGGCGACUGGGAUGUCAACCCCCAGCUUCAAUCGACAUUCUUCAGUGCCCUGCCGGCAGAGCUACGGCUCCAGAUCUAUCGGAAUGCUCUCGCGUCCUUCACCCUGACCGCCACUCCGUCUGCUGGCGCGUACUCCAGGAAAACCCACAACUUCCGUCUUCGAUUGGAUCAUGAAGGCGACCCAGAUGAUGACCUCCGCGGCAAGCCCGGCGAUGAACACGGAGCUGAAAUUCCCGACAUAGUCCCUGAGCUCGCACAUGCAGCCCCCGGCUGUACGCAGCCAAACGAGCGCCCCGACUUUUAUGAGGAGCCAUGCAUGUCGUUGAACAUGCUGCUCUCCUGUAGGCGAUUGCUGACGGAAGCACGGCCCAUCAUGUUCGAGGCCGAACGCAACUAUCAGUUCCGCAGCGACCCGCGCUCUACCCUGCUGAACUCCUCGGCGGGCUCGGCUGACCAAGGCUUCUUGGAUCGGAACCGGGAACUGCAGUGGGAGAAGAGGUUCCGCCGCGUUCGUUUCUUCGCGCCGAUAUCCAAAUACCACGCCGUCUUUUCGCACCACGCCAACCUCCUGGCCCACGUCAAGCACCUCCGCGUCACCGUACGCCGGACCGACUGGCGACUUGGCGUCGUUUCCGGUCAGCCCGAGGCUACGGGCAUCCCCGCGGCGGCGUGCUUUGGGUGGGUUCAGGGCCCACUUCAGAUAAACCCCCUGGGGCCGCCUGCGGGACCUGCAAUGGAUCAGUUCCGGGGGACGCGGCACGAAAACCUCAACGUAGGGCACAUGGGAGCCAUGAUGAAGGCCACGGCGGGAUUCGGCCGGACCCAAAACUCCACGCUAGACCACAGCGCCGCCGGUCGUCCGAGCUGGAUGCCUCCGCAGGUCCGCUACACGGCCGGGAUGUGGGGGCGCGAGUUCGUCAACAUGCCGUGCAUCAAGACCUUCACCAUGGACUUUGACACGACGCAGGACAAGCGCGACCAGCUCGCGGCGAUCGUGGAGUGGGCCGUCCGCACCUGGCGCUUCCCGCUGAACCCGGCCCACAGCGACCACCACUACCUGGCGGCGGAGGAGGCGUCGGUGACGAGGAGAUCGUGGCGCGGCACCGCUGGAGAUUGGGACUGGCUCGGCCCCUGCGCGACGUGCCGUCCUCGAGCUGAGGGCACAGCUGGUGACCAGCCGGCGGGGGAGGCCCCGGAGCUGUGCUCGAUUCCUGUGCAUGCAAGGAUCGUGUCAAAGUUUCGUAGGGGACUGGGACCGAGGAUGUACUCGUGGUCGGUGACUUGGACACCGAGGAAGUAUGAAGGGCCAGAGAAGUUUCCUUAUGAGGAUUCAGAAUGCUUGGAAGUGCUUCCGGCAGACUUGAAAUGA